CCGAAGCCUGAACGGCGGAUUUCAAGUAAGAACUUUGUGUAUAACGAAUACUGGGAGAUUUAAUGAAAUAUUAAUUACCAAAAACUCUGUUUUGGCUUCAUAAAAUGAGAAGGAGAGCGAGAACCACAAACAGGGGAGUCCCCCGGGAGGUCCUUGAAAUGGCGACGGUUGAAGUUCUGGACAAGGGCUAUUCUGUAAGAGCUGUCGCCAGGACAUUUCAGAUCUGCCAUGUCACUCUGCAGAGGUACAUCAAGAAAGUUAUGGAGCUGAAGGCGGCGGGGACCACGGACACCUCGUCCAUUCAAGUCGGAUACAGAAGCCACAAACAGGUGUUCCAGCCGAUGCAGGAAGCGGCGCUCUUGGCGUACCUCAAGGAAGUUUCCGGAAUGCACUAUGGGCUGUCUUCCAAAGAGGUACGAAAGCUUGCUUUCCAGCUUGCCAAGCAGAACCAGCUGAAAUAUCCAGAAGCGUGGAACGUCAAAGAGAUGGCGGGGAAGGAUUGGUUUUCUUCGUUUCUGAAGCGGAACCCCCUGUUCCCUAUCAGGAGACCCCAACCCACCAGAGCGAUGGGCUUUAACAGGGAAAAUGUCUCCAACUUUUUCCAGAACUUGGGAACAGUCCUUGAGCGCGAGUGCCUGGAGGCAAAAGACGUCUGGAAUGUCGAUGAGACUGGAGUCACCCCGGUCCAGGCGCUCGAGGAGACCAUGGCAACAGAAGGUAGCGAGAAGACUGAGGCCAUACCCCCAGGGGAGAGGGGCACCCUCGUCACUAUGGCCGUAGCAAUUAACGCACAGGGCAACAGCAUCCCCCCCCACCUGGUGUUUCCCAGGAAACGCUUUUACCGCCAUUAUAUCAGGGACGCGCCCACUGGGUCCGUUGGCUCGGCGAACGGCUCCGGGCGAAUGCAAGAGGCGGAUUUCCUCGGGUUUCUUCAGCAUUUCGUAAAACACACGAGAGCCUCCGUCAACUUCAAGGUGCUGCUGCUGCUGGACAACCAUCCCUCGCACGUGUCCGCGUCGGCGAUCGACUACUGCGACGCCAACGGCGUCAUCCUCCUCACCUUCCCCCCGCACUGCGCUCAGAAACUCCAGCCACUGGUCCAGGGCGUGUUCGGGCCUUUCAGGCGAAACCUCAACAUCGCCAUGGACUGUUGGGCGAAGACCCACCCGGGAACGCCGGCCACCAUUUACGACCUCCCGGGACUGAUUGCAGAAGCGUUGCCCAUUUCCGCCACUCCGAAGAACAUCAUGGCUGGCUUCCGGUGCACCGGGAUUUGGCCGUUCAACAGCAACAUCUUUGACGACGAGGACUUUACCCCUUGUCCGGUCGCCGCUAGGCCGGACCCGACUGCCGACGUCGCUGACGCAGACCUGGAAGCCUCCUUCUCCAAGCCCCCGUGUCUCCCGUCAACGUCCGCUGGAGCCUCCUGCCCUGUUGAUCUCCACCCUUUCCCCAAGCCUGAGCCAUGCCAGUCCUUUCCCAUUUGUAGAAAAGGGGGAGCCUCUGCCUUUCACACCGACGCCCCCGUCAGUCCUGCCCCAGAGGCGGUAGCGGAGAGGGCGAAGGAGGAGGAGGAUGAGGAGGUGGAGGAGGAUGAGGAGGAGGAAUCUGAGCCAAAAGCAAAAUGCAAAGCAAAGAGAAAGGGGAACAAAACUGACCUGUCAACAGAAGGGGCUUGUCCCUGUUUGUUUUGCGAUGAUUAUUACCUCACGACUGUAGUGUGAAAGAAGGCGAAUCCAUUUGAUACGUCGGAAAUGAAAUUGAAAUGAACAGCCUGUUGUCAGUAGACUGUUGAUAAACCAAUUCGUUGGAUUUGUUCAACUCGGACCUGAUCUUCGUACAUAUUUAACAUCAAUGAAAAAUUGCUCCUGCUAACUUUCUUUACGUUGACAUGUGGCAUCGAUUGGCACAGCUGUCUGAAAAGGUCGUACAUUCAAAGGGAACUGGAGUUUAGUCCUCUGAUAGAUUUUCAUCAAAGCUGAUCUGAAAAACAUACAAAUGUAAUCAAUUAAUUGAUUGUGUUUGUGUAAUGUAAUACUUUGCGUGAACUUUUUGAGCUAUGAAGACUGUUAGCCCCCCCCCCCCCAUGCGCUAUUCAUUGUUUCGCCCACCCAGGGGUUUAAAUGUACGUUUACACACCCAAACUUUGUGUGCUCAUUAUUUUUGCUUGAAUGAUCAUAACAUUUUUGGUGGCAGGUACAAUUAAACCCUCAAAAUGCAAAUUUUAGUGGAUUUUCCUUUUUUUCUUGAUUCGCACAGGCUGCACGUUUGUUUCGAUGUGAGCUCAUAUCAAGAUAAUAGUGGGGACCAGGCUACAGGUUAAUUGGUUCUCAAAUCCGCAAUUAGGGAGACUCUUUUGUGACCCAUCAGUGUGACGCAUUUUUGUCCAGCUUUAAUCCUGGCAAGCCUCCAGGGGUGUCCCACUCUGUUAACCUGCAACCCUCAUAAUUGGAGAAGGAAAGUAAAUUGCUUCAGUGGAGAGACAAAUUAAUUGAUUAAAAUGCCUGGAUACAGCUCUCCAGAACCAGGGUUUAGCAGGCUGGUUUUGGAGGGCUAUCAAAUUUACGUGAACUACAUCUGACUUCUUUAUCUACAAUACAUGUGAUGUAGAUCAACUUGAAGCCACAACCUCUGUCAAGACUAUACACAUUUGACCACUGAAUUACAUUGUUCCUGUUUGCAAUCCUAAAUUAUUUAGGGGACUCUGCAUACCCUGUCUGUACACUGUCACUGGAAGUCUGCUUUACAACAACAUCACUCAAGGAAGAAUGGAAGGGCGCUCAAGCCAGAAGGGUAUUCCUGACGACUUCAUUCCUGAAAUGGGACACUGUGAUUGGUCCUCCUAUGUCAUCCAAACAGUCCUCCGCUCCAGUGUAAAUGGUAAAUGGACUGCAUUUAUAUAGCGCUUUUAUACAAAGCGCUUUACAAUUGAUGCCUGGCAUUCACCAGAGAAAUUAGGGGUUAGGUGUCUUGCUCAGGGACUCUUCGACAUGCCCUGGGCGGGGGAUCGAAUCGGCAACCCUCCCAACUGCCAGACAACCGCUCUUACCUCUUGAGCUAUGUCGGCCCCCAGUGUGACAAGGAAGGUGGCUUCACGCACCUCUGAGGUUGUACAUGCUAACGUGCUUCCUUCCCAAAGUUGAUGUCGCAGCAUAGAGACAGGUCAGCAGUUGUGGCAGAAAAUUCCAAAUUGUAGAAAUUUAAAAAUGGGAAUAGAAGUGAAACUUUUUUUUUUGUAGCAUAGGAUAGUUAUUGCUGCUAUCCAUGUAAAUUUAGACUGAAAAGAUAGUGAUAAAUAUUGUAUGUUUCCCCUCUUGUAAUAUCACGGAUUUCGGGUAGUGUUACAGGCUAAUGGGAGAGAUAUGAUAUUGUUUAACCACAAUUCCUUAUAUAUAUAUAUAUAUAAGGAAAUGAUGGAAAACAUUUUGGCCCGUGUGAAGCUUGAUCCUUAUACAUCAUGGGUUGUGAGUAGUGCUCAAAUUGCUGUAUGGUCGUUUUCAGGUCUAUUCAGGAAGCAUGUCAGCACAGUCCUAAGUGGGGCUUAAUUGAAUCUAAAUAAAUUUCUACAGCUUAGAUGCCCUUCCAGCUUUUAAGAGCCCAAAGUUCUUCCUGUGGGAGACAGAUAUUCGACCCAGUGCAUUGUUGUGUUGAUGUAUUGACUACAUCUUAUCUGCGAGAGGCACUCAGUUGUAUACAGGUCUAGAACAUUUGUCAACAGAAUGAAAGUGCACUAAUUUGAAUAGUGGACAUCUUUCAUACAGAAUAAUGUAACCAUUGCAUUGUUUUCCAUCUUGACCUGUGACUGAAAUAUUCAUGAAUAUGUUGGCACCUGAUAAUAUUAAGUAAUAAAUGGUAAAAUAUUAUCUACUGACGGUGAGUACUUGAAAGCGUAAUGUGCUUAUAUAUUCCCUCAUUUCCAUCUUAUGGAAUUAUAAUAACGGCCAAAACUAUGAGGUAAAUAAUUGGGUUGGUAGAAAAGAAAGAAAAAAAACAUAAUUAUGAAGGUUUUUUUUCCCACUUUAAAAAAUGUUUUUAAUGUAACAUCUUUAUUUCAAGAUUAAAUGCAUGGUGUUAAUUCAA